CGCUGUUCUCCUUUCUCUUCUGGUUCAGAUUUCCUCCCGUUCGUUUGUGAUCUGUGCCGCGGAAGUUUCUGCCUGGACCACAGGAGCAGAGAGGCCCACUCGUGUUCGGAGGAGCCGGCGAAGAACGAGCCUCGGACGACUGGAGGAAAUAAAAGUUAUCCGUGUUCGUUUCAAGACUGCAGAGGGAAGGAGCUGCUGCCUGUCGUCUGUCCGCAGUGUGGGAAACAGCUCUGCUUGGCCCACCGUCACCAAGAUGAUCACGAGUGUGAGAAGUUGGAGGUCCAGAAACCUCGAAUGGCCGCCACCAAAGAGCUGGUGCAAAAAAUCGUAGAGUCAAAGGACACAUCUAAAGCUAAAGGACGAAGAGGAGCGAAGAGCAGCACCACAGCAGCUAAAGUGGCGUUAAUGAAACUGAAGCUUCAUGCUGCGGGAGACAAGGGGCUUCCACAGGCGGAGAGGACAUAUUUACAGGUUUAUCUCCCGAAGGAC